UGUUAUUUACCUUGUUAAGUACUGGGAGCACCGAAUCCCUACCAACUCCAGUCGUUUACAUUCAGUGCAAUUUAAAGGCCGGUUCCUUCUUUAUUAACUCUGGAUUGUGUUUGUUGUAAUGCCUGGGUGAAGGUUGAGAGCUCAGAAGCAAAGCGAAGUGAGCUCAAAAGCUCCAUUUUCUUCGUCCAAAAAAGGUUAGUUUAGUCGCAUUGUUUUCAUCAAGACCCACUUCCAUUUCAUUUAAAUUUCGUUGAAUUAGGACGAAAUAAUUUCAUUCAAACAAUCACUUUGGUUUUUGUGCUUUUUCACGUACCAAAAAGGAAAACCAAUUUUAUCUGUUAUACAUAUGAGGAAAUUAUGAAUAACAAUUCUCCAUUCCGUCGAUUUUCGACUUUGCUUAAUUCCUUAGCCCAAACUCACACCUCUGUGAAACCCACGAUCCCUGGGAAUUUUGGAGGAAGGAAAUGGAAACCGAUUCCAAUACCCCACCGAACAGUCCCUGAGCCCAGAGGUCAAGACCUUGAUUUCAUAAACGUUGCACACAGCCACCUAAUUCACUCUGAUUGGACUAAGCUCAGUUCUUUAUCAACCGGUCUAACACCCCUCAGAGUGAAACAUGUAUUGCUCAAGAUUCAGAAGGACCAUGUUCUUUCCCUCGAGUUUUUCAACUGGGUUGGGAUUCAAAAACCCAGUUGCCAUUCCCUCGAAAUUUAUUCCAUAAUCCUCCACAUUCUCACCAAAAACCGGAAAUUCAAAUCUGCAGAGUCCAUUUUGAGGAGCAUUCUUGUAUCUUGUUCGAUAGAUGUACCCUCCAAUCUGUUUGAAGAAAUGCUACACUCGUACCGCUUGUGUGAUUCUUCGCCUCGUGUUUUUGACUCACUUUUCAAGACUUUUGCGCAUAUGAAGAAGUUUAGGGACGCCACUGAUACUUUUUGUCGAAUGAAGGAUUAUGGAUUUUUUCCUACUAUUGAGUCGUGUAAUGCCUACAUGAGCUCUUUGCUUGAUUUGCACAGGAUGGAUAUUACUUUGGCAUUCUAUAGAAAAAUGCAACAUCAUAGGAUUUCGCCAAAUGUUUAUACUCUUAAUAUGGUCAUGCGCGCUUACUGUAAAUCGGGAAAAUUGGAGAAGGCUGUUGAGGUGUUUAGGGAGAUGGAGAGCAUGGGUUUUAGACCAAAUACUGCAUCUUAUAACACAUUGAUUGCAGGAUAUUGCAGUAAGGGUCUAUUGAGCUUUGCAUUAAAGCUUAAAAACACUAUGGAAAAGAAUGGGGUGCACCAGGAUGUGGUUACAUUGAACACACUUAUCCAUGGAUUUUGCAAGGAAGGGAAAUUACAUGAAGCUAAUAAGGUUUUCAUUGAGAUGAAGGCCAUGAAUGUUACUCCUAAUACUGUGACCUACAAUACCUUGAUAAAUGGGUAUAGCCAAGUGGGUGAUAGUGAGAUGGGCAGCAAGCUUUAUGAGGAGAUGUUGAGGAAUCAAGUUAAGGCUGAUAUUUUAACGUAUAAUGCCUUGAUAUUUGGACUAUGCAAGGAGGGUAAGACAAAGAAAGCAGCAUAUCUGGUUAAGGAACUUGAUAAGGAUAACUUAGUGCCAAAUGCCUCAACGUUUUCUGCCCUUAUUUAUGGUCAGUGCGUGAGAAAGAACUCUGAGCGUGCCUUCCAGAUAUAUAAAAGCAUGUUAAGGAGUGGUUGCCAUCCAAAUGAACAUACUUUCAAAAUGUUGGUAUCAACCUUCUGCAAAAAUGAGGACUUUGAUGGAGCAGUCCAAGUCUUGAAGGAAAUGUUUGAGAGAUCAAUGGCUCCUGAUUCAGGCAGCUUAUCUGAGAUUUGCAGUGGGCUUUGCCAGUGUGGAAAAAUUCAAGAGGCAAAGAUGUUAUGUAGUGAAAUGGAAGCUAGAUGUCUUAUGCCAGAAGGCUUCGACAAGUCCAAAACAACCAACUUUGGUUCUUAGUAUGAGAAGAAACCAUUUGGAGGAGCAUGUGUGUCGAUUGCUUCUCAAUCGGAG